AUGAGUGCCGUGACCUUUUGCGGCUCAGGCGGCCUGGAGCGCCCGUUGGCGCCUCGCCUGACGUGCAUGGGCAUACCCAAAUACCACAAAUGGCUCACGGAGCGGUACCCCGACGCCUUCUCGGAGGCGCAAGGGGAGUGGGCCGACCAUGUUUACGUGGACAUCAACGCACAGCUUCACGAUGUCAUGCGUCACGCCGUCAACCUUGAGGGCUUCUACUCUCACCUGUUCAGCAAGCUGGACGGGCUUUUCCGGGCGGUCGCUCCGUCGCGCAGCGUGUUCUUGGCCGUCGACGGCCCCGCCUCGUGCGCCAAGUGCCUCACGCAGCGUCAGCGACGUCGAGCGCACGCCCAGAAGGACUCCAGGCACAAGAAGGGCGGCAAGGGGAAGGGAAAGGCACAGGGCUCAGGCCUCUCGAACAACAUGCUGACCCCUGGGGUUCCCUUCAUGGCGGAGCUCACCUCCGCGCUGGAGUACUACGUCGCGAGCCGCAUGGGCCCGCGGGGUCCGUUCGAGAGGUGCGAGUUCGCCACCGUCAGCGGAGCCUGUGCGGUAGGAGAGGGCGAGCACAAGAUCGUCUCGCAGAUGCUGCGGAACGCCGGCAGUCUGGGCGAGGGGGCGGCUCCGGAGUCGCACGUGAUCUUCAGCGGCGACGCCGACAUAUUCUUGCUGUCGUUGGUGCAGAGCUCCUGCCGGCGCGUGCGGGUUGUCUCCGAGCGCCCCGACGAAGCUGGCAAGAAGGGCGGCGGCGGCGUCAAACGGCGCCAUGGCAUGAUGCUGCAGGUUUGGGACGCUGAGGCGCUCGCGGAAUACCUUCACCAGGACACUGUUGCGCGAGCGCCUCCCUAA